AAUUCCUGAAUAACAUUAAUAAAACAUUAAAACCCUAAAUUCAUACAUCUUCCACAGGCCUCUUGUUCUCUGGCAGCAGCGACGCAUUCACUAUUCAUCAACUUGUGCGUUUUCUCCCAAUCUUCCACCAUCUUUCAUCGAUUCUACUCAUAAAUUUAACAUCAUACAUCUUCCUUUCACUUCAGGUUUACCGAAAUCAUCACUGUGUAGCAAAUCGCACUCAAUGGAUAAUAUCCAGGAGGACAUUCGUGCGUUGCAGCUUGAUUCAUCUGCUGAAGAUAGUAACAUGGUGCCUAAUGAGAAUGGUGGGGAGCCUGAAGAAUUGGUAGUUCGUGAUAAUGUGGAAGAAGAUUUGAAGGACGAAUCACACACAGAGGGGGAUGCUGACUCCCAAACAAUGCAUUCGGAACCAAAAGAUGUAGUUGAAGUGAAAGAGCAAGUGACUUCUGCUCCAGAGCCUAUUGAGGAGGAGGUGGAAAAGAACAAGAAACGCCAUUUGAAUGUGGUAUUCAUUGGUCAUGUUGAUGCUGGAAAGUCAACCAUUGGAGGCCAGAUACUCUACCUCAGUGGCCAAGUUGAUGAACGAACAAUUCAAAAGUAUGAGAAAGAAGCCAAGGAUAAGAGUAGAGAGAGCUGGUACAUGGCAUACAUUAUGGAUACCAAUGCAGAGGAGAGGGUGAAGGGUAUUACAGUUGAAGUCGGGAGAGCACAUUUCGAGACAGAAACUACACGAUUUACUAUAUUGGAUGCACCGGGACAUAAAAGUUAUGUACCUAAUAUGAUCAGUGGCGCGUCUCAGGCUGAUAUAGGUGUACUGGUUAUAUCUGCUCGAAAAGGUGAAUUUGAAACGGGAUAUGAAAGAGGUGGGCAAACUCGUGAACAUGUUCAACUUGCAAAGACUUUGGGUGUCUCUAAGCUGCUGGUUGUUGUAAAUAAAAUGGAUGAGCCUACUGUUAACUGGUCAAAAGAGAGGUAUGAUGAAAUUGAGUCAAAAAUGGUUCCCUUUUUGAAGUCUUCAGGCUACAAUGUCAAGAAAGACAUUCAUUUUCUUCCAAUAUCUGGUCUUCAAGGUGCCAACAUGCAAACAAGAUUGGACAAAAAGGUAUGUCCGUGGUGGAAUGGUCCAUGUCUGUUUGAAGCCCUUGACGCUAUGGAGGUUCCUCCACGGGAUCCAAACGGUCCCUUUAGGAUGCCUAUUAUUGACAAGUUCAAAGACAUGGGGACCGUUGUUAUGGGAAAAGUAGAAUCUGGUAGUAUACGCGAGGGAAACAAUCUGCUUAUUAUGCCAAACAAGGUUCAAGUGAAAGUCCUUGCCAUAUUUUGUGAUGAGGACAAAGUUAGGACUGCUGGCCCUGGUGAGAAUCUAAGAGUUCGAUUAUCUGGGAUUGAAGAAGAAGACAUACUUUCGGGUUUUGUUCUUUCCACCAUUGAAAAACCAAUACCGGCAGUUAAUGAGUUUGUCGCUCAGUUGCAUAUUCUUGAAUUGCUGGAUAACGCUAUUUUCACUGCUGGUUACAAGGCUGUAUUGCACAUUCAUUCUGUUGUGGAGGAGUGCGAGAUUAUUGAGCUGAUGCAGCAAAUUGAUCCUAAAACCAGGAAACCUAUGAAAAAGAAGGUGCUCUUUGUGAAAAACGGUGCUGUCGUUAUAUGUCGCAUUCAGGUGUCUAAUCUGAUAUGCAUCGAGAAAUUCUCAGAUUUUCAACAGCUUGGGCGGUUUACACUCCGCACAGAAGGAAAAACAGUUGCAAUUGGAAAAGUGACCGAUCUUCGUGCAUAAACAAUUUUGGGAGAAAUGGAAAGCCCGUGAGAAGGUAAUUGGGAGCAGAGUUGAGAUGUGAAAGGGGUUGAUGAUAGUUUUUGAAUUUCUAGUGAUUUGAUGCUGAAUUAUAUGAGUGAUAGCAUAAAUUACAAAUCAGAUGCUUUAGUAAUGAAUGGCAUGAUGAUGAUGCUGUGGUCUUUUACCCGAUGCUUUGCAUCCUGUUAUCUACGACAUUGUAAUCCUCAUUUGAUCAUGCUAUAGUUAUGUGUUGUGUGACGGUUUUAUGCCUGCUAUUGGAACCUUCGUAAAUCA